GGGAGAUGACAGCGAUCCGAGGCAGGAGGCGGCGGGGCUCGCCGGGUGCUCCUCAGAAGGACUUUUAGGCUGCGCGGCCGGGGCUUGGAUGUGGGCGCCGAGGAACGGGGUCUGUGCAGCGCAGUGGGCACCGGCCGGGGCGGGGGCUCUUCGCCCGCGCUGCGGGUCGCCGCCUGCAGCACGGCGGCCCAGCGAGUUGUACACCAUUUCAGCAGAGAUGUCUGAUCUUUCCAUCGGCGUACCUGGAGCUGCUUUAUCCCUGCGCUGCUCUUUGCUGUAACGACUAAAGACUCCUUGAGACUGAACACUGGAACAGAUGAGUUAAAUUUGUCCUGAAUGUUCUUCAUCAAAAGUAGAUGUACUGGACUUUCUGGAUGUGCAUAAGGACACAAAGGGACGGAGCUGACUGCCACCCCGUCCUGCCCUCAGCCCUCGCCCUCCCGCUGCUGCUGCUGUGCUGGGGCGCAGGGCUGGCCGCUGUGGUCGCACACUGCCUGCCUCUGUGACCCUCAUCACACUACACCGGGGUACCCUACCUCGACUCCUGCGGGUGGAGCAGCGUAGAACAGCUGGAGCGUGCUUAUGGACUUGGCAUUUAAUGGGCUUUUUUGAUAAUUAGAGGCCUAAUCCAGAAAAGCCCAGAGAGCGAGAGCCGACAUUGUGCUGGGUGUUACAUCAGUUCUGCACCACUGAGGAACCCACUUUAUUUACGGAGAAUCCCCUGAAAGCAAUGAAGGCAGUCAACGAGCUGUUUUACACAAGUGGGAAGACUCUGGUCAUGCAUGUCUAAAAUGUGCAAUAGAAAAAGACGUGAUUGACCAUUUUAUGGCGUGUUGGACUUCACACGGAGUCUGCUUCUAGCAAAGAAAAUUUCUAAGCAAGGCCACCCCCCUUGGGAAAUACUGUUAACUAUACUGCUAGGCUUGUCUGUGCGUGAAGACCCUUUUUCACAAGACAACAUAUGUCCAGACAUCAAAUUUCCUUUUCACUGAGCAGGUAAUAGUCUUCCACAUCUUUGACAAAGACUCCUCCUCUGUAGCUAAAAUAAGCUCUUUUCAACCUAUGCUAUCAAAUCUGGCAACUAAUCGUCUACGCUUCCCUUAGAGGAGACAACAGGAUGUGGCAGACAGCCCAUGCAGCUCUGAUCUUCUAAGAAUGAACGAAGACCUAUCAGGACUGAAGAAGUCCUGAAGAUUGAUGGAGGGCCAUGCUAUUCAAACAGCAGGCGUUGCUGAGACAGAAGCUCUUUGUACUAGGCAGCCUUGCUAUUGGAAGUCUCCUAUAUCUAGUUGCCAGAGUUGGGAGCUUGGAUAGACUGCAGCCCCUCUGCCCCAUCGAUGGUCGAUUUGGACCCCGCGGCCAGGACGAAAUCCAGCUGCGAGCUCUGCAGUUCAAGCGAGGGUUGCUCCACGAGUUCCGAAAGGGCAAUGCCACCAAGGAGCAAAUACGACUGCACAACCUGGUUCAGCAGCUUCCCAAGGCCAUUAUCAUUGGGGUGCGGAAAGGAGGCACCCGAGCACUGCUGGAGAUGCUGAACCUUCACCCCGCAGUGGUCAAAGCUUCUCAAGAGAUUCACUUCUUUGACAAUGAUGAGAACUAUGCCAAGGGGAUUGAGUGGUACCGGAAAAAAAUGCCUUUUUCUUACCCUCAUCAAAUAACAAUUGAGAAAAGCCCUGCGUAUUUUAUCACCGAGGAAGUACCUGAAAGGAUUUACAAAAUGAACUCAUCUAUCAAAUUAUUGAUCAUUGUCAGGGAACCUACCACAAGAGCUAUUUCUGAUUACACUCAGGUGCUGGAAGGUAAGGAAAGAAAGAACAAAACUUAUUACAAAUUUGAGAAGCUGGCUAUUGAUCCUAAUACCUGCGAAGUGAACACUAAGUAUAAGGCGGUGAGAACCAGCAUCUACACAAAACAUCUGGAGAGAUGGUUAAAAUACUUCCCAGUCGAGCAGUUUCAUAUCGUGGACGGAGACCGGCUCAUCACAGAACCACUGCCAGAACUGCAGCUGGUCGAGAAGUUCCUAAAUCUUCCUCCGAGGAUAAGUCAGUACAAUUUAUACUUCAAUGCCACCAGAGGGUUUUACUGCUUGCGAUUUAACAUUGUCUUUAACAAGUGCCUGGCGGGUAGCAAGGGACGCAUCCAUCCAGAGGUGGAUACCUCUGUCAUUACCAAAUUGCGCAAGUUCUUUCAUCCUUUUAAUCAAAAAUUUUACCAGAUCACUGGGAGGACAUUUAACUGGCCCUAAAUUAAACUUCGUACAACACUUUCUGUUGCACCUGAGACAUGCAAUAAAUGUCUCUGCUAAAAUAUGCACUUUUCAUAGACACGGCUAUCAAAGUAACCUUUUUCAUGCAUACGUGUACAUAUGCAGUGUGUGACCAAAUAUACGGUGGGAUCAACUUUUUCUACAGAGUAGUAACUAACAUAAAUUUACUGUCAGCAUAGUUGCAUCUUUUAAGAUAUAAUAAUAAAGGGAAAGGAGGUAUUUAGGGACAUAAAGUCAGACACCGUUAAAAGGGUCAGUGUUCCUCUCGCUUAGUGAAGUGUUUAUGUGACAUACUUAUCGAUCUAAGCAAAACGUCAGUUUAUGCCAUAAAAAUUCAUGUCAAAAGUCUGUGAAGCUGUGAGAAAGCAUAACCUUCAGGCUAUAUUUGGUAUGUAUAUUGCUAAAGGAAUACUGACACUUUAAACACAGCGCUGAAUUUUUACAAUGAGAGUGGAUAGUACUAUUUUCUUAUUAUUUGAAAUGAAUAUCUUAUCUCAUACAAACUACAUCGUUACAGAGUUCCUGUGGUGAGUUUGCACUAUUGUUUUAUUGUAUGGACCAUAGUGUCACUUGUAGCAUGUCAAUCAUGUGUCAAAAAAAGGUCAAAUAAUUUUUUCUUCUAUGCUUGUGUGUCGACAAAGCUAAACAUCGUGUACAUAGUGUAUAAUGUUUGUAAAUACUGGUUUCACACUAAGUAAUUCUAUUUUGUAAACUGAAUAUGGCUAUUUAAUUUAUUGUGAAAAUUAAAUUUAUUGUGGUAUUUAAAAACGGAAUGGAUUAAAAUUACCUAUAUGUGCAACAACUUUUCACCUUUGCUUGAUGUACAUCGGUGUGGCCCCUUAGCCCAGGCAAAUCACGUGCAAACGUGCGAGAGAGAGCUGCACGUGUAAACUUGGUUUCUAGACAGUUGAGAGAACUGGUACGUGUGGUGAAGCUGAGUUUAUUAAAAAACUCAUCCAUCUGGGAAUCUGGUGCAAUACACACCUCAAAGAACAUUAUUGCUGUUCUAUUGAAGCACUUUGCUAGAAUUAAUUCAGUUGCAGUAGCCCGUGAGGCUAAAGAAUGACUGUAAAAGAUUACUGUAACCAGGUAUAUCAGAAAAGCAGAGCCGCUAUUAAAACCAAAAUGACAGAGAGACAAACAAGAUUAGAAGAAUAGUUAUAGAGAUUUCAUCACCAAAAGCUGGUGGUGUUUCAGAAGUCAAGGAAAACAGUUGUGAUACCUCUGCUUUUAUCUGGUAACAUAUGCACCUGCUCCAACCAACCAACCACAGUGUUGUUAUUCCUGGUAUAAACAUAUAGCUCAUUUUUCCAUUCAGUAAGUGACAAGAAAUUCGUUCAGGAAAUGAGUAUUUUCAUGCUUUAUAUA